UAUAUACUAUAUACAGAGAAUUACAUAUAUAUAUAUAAAUAUACUUGUAUAUAACGUUUUUUUGACGGGUUUACGUGAACGGAAAACAAAUAGAAAAUGUGCAACGCUCUGUGUGAAUGCCUCAAGUGCCCCGGCAAAGUGGUUUGCUGUUGCUGUUCGUGCGCUUGUAAAAUGCUAAUGAGCAUCAUUUGCUCGUUCAUUGUGCUCCUGGUGAUAAUUGGAUUGAUCGUCUACUUCACAGUCUACUACAACAAGGACAGCAACGAUGAUAAACAAAAGCAGAUCCAGAAAAUGCUGCCCAUUGUGAAGAGAAGCAUACGCGAUUACUUUAAUAAGGAAUACUAAAAUUAAUAAUA